GACUUUUCUUGUUUUUUCAGACAUUGCAGUUUCUUAGCAGGCGUCUAUAUUCUGCAUUUUCGUUAAAAAUUUUUAAUUUAUAUAUUUUGAUUUGUGUUUAGUUUUUGAGAGGACACUAUCUGUCAACGGGAUGUCUGAAACUAAGGAAGAAAGUAAUUCUACGUCAUCUGAUAUGAAACAAGAAGAGGAUUCUCCCAGAGCUGAAGAAAAUAAAAACCUUGAUGAAUCUUCUAAAGAUAGUGAAAAAGACAGUGCAAAAGAUGAUAGUGUGAAGGAAGAAAGUGGGAAAGAUGGAAGUGAAAAAGAUGAAAGUGAUGAUGACGAUGACGACGAUGAAGAAAUGGGGCUUCUUGAUAGACCUGUUGAAGUUACUGGUUGCCGUGCAAGAAAACAGGUGGAGCGCCUUGAAGUAAGCUUCAAUGCGCCAAAGGAGAAGCAAGAAUUUCAAGAAGGCAAAGGGCAAAAACUUGGUGAUUGUCCUAGAAUUGAACAUCAGAUUCAAAAAACUGCAAUUGAGGAUUUAAAGCCCUUGCAUAGGAUCCUGUAUGGCAGAGUUGGCUCCGCAAGUCAGAUAAAGAAAAGCAUUCGAAAAUUUUCUGGAUUUCCUUUUGGAAAGAAUAGUCCUGAGUUUGAUCGUAAAAAGGCAUCAGCUGAAAAACUUACCAUAGCUGUUUUAAAGAGAGUCUGUGAAUUGCUUGAUAUUGAACGUAGUGGUACAAAGGAAGAAAUUGUCAUGAGAAUACUUGACUUUUUGUUGGAGCCCAAAGAUUCUGGAAAGAAGGUUCCAACCAAAAAAAAGGCUGGCAAAGAGAAAAAGAAGAGCUCUGAAAAGAAGUCAAAAAAUAAUAAGAAAGCAAAAACUAAGAAAGAAAUCGUAUCUGAUGAUGAUGAUGAUGACAGUGCUAAUGAAAGUGGCAGUGAAGCCAGCGAAAAAGAAGCAAAUGAUGAUGAUGAUGGUGAUGAAGAUGAUGAUGAGGAUGAGGAUGAUGAAAGUGAUUAUGAUACAAAGAAGAAAUCAAAAGCUACUAAAGGUAAAAAGACUCCAGCAAAGACUGCCAAAAAGGCAGAGAAAAAAGGCAAGGCUAAGAAGGAAGAGAAGAAGAGUUCAGCUAAAGGAACAAAGCGAAAAAGAGAUGAAGAAGAUGAUGAUGAUGAAUCUGCUAGUUCUGAUGAUGAACCAAUUGCGAAGAAAAAUAAAAUGCCCUCUGAUGAAGAAAUUAAAAAAUUGGUGAAAAGGAUUCUGGAUGCUGCAGAUUUGCAAGAAAUAACCAUGAAGAAAGUUAUCAAGCAGGUUGCUGAUGCAUAUCCUGAUUGUGAUUUGAGUCAUAAGAAAGCAUUCAUCAAAACAACUAUUAAAUCCGUUAUCUCAUGAUUUUUCAGAUCUGUUGUGUUGCCAAAGUCUGUCAUGAGCUAUGUAAAUCAAUGUUUCUAAAAAAAUCCACCUUUCAACAUUUGUCAUUAUUUUACUCUGCAAACAUGUACAUCAGAUUUAAUUCUAGAGUUUAGGCUAAUUUGAAAGUCUGGACUUUCACCCGAUGUUUCAUUGAACCAGUGUUUUUAAUGUGAAAAUUCAUACUUUUAACGGUGAUUCACUUGUAUACAUAAUUGAAUGGAUUUAUUUGAAUUGUGUAAGCAUAAAUGUAUUUCAAUAUAUUUUAUUUUAUUAUUAUUUUUUGUUCAUAAGAUUAUUGGUAUUUGAGGUUUUUCAAUUUCAAAUUAGCCGCUUUUAACUAUCAUUUUAUGUAAUCUUAUAGAUCAUCAUUAAACAUUGAUUUUACGUC